AACAGAAAUGCCCGCCCAGGAACACCCCCGCCACCCCCAUACUCCCCCGUAACACCCGUCUUCGCCCAACUCGCCCCCGUCCAAAACGGCCACUCAGGCCAUCCCAUCGUCCCUCCACCAGUAUCUUCCUCUUCUUCAAUAUUACCAGCAUCAGCAGCGACACUCUCAGCCCUCCCUCCACAAAACCAUGGGCAAACCGGAUCAGAAACAGGAACGCGACCGGAAGUCGCCACUGAGCCGCCACCCCCUGUACCAAUAGGCCCUAUUUCCGAAAGUGAUAAUCCGGAUGUUAUCGCGUUGCGCUCAGCAAUAUCUAUCUUACAGCUACAGAAACAGCAGAGCUUGAGGGAUAUGCGGGCGUUGGAUCGGAUGAAGAAGGCUGCGGCAGCUGAUCCGGAGCGGUUUGCGAGGGAGUUGACGAGUGGAAAUCUGAAGGCGGAGGAUAAGGGGAGUUUCAUCAAUCUAAACCUCUCUGCUGAUGAGGAUAAGGAUGAGGAUGAGGAUGAAGAAAUGGAGGGUGACAAGGGGGUAGAAGGGCAGGGAGAUGUCUUUUCCAAUCUUGGAACAUUCCCCACGCCGCAGAAUGUCGUCCGCAUGCCACCGAUUAACUGGGCCAAGUAUCAGAUCAUCGGCGAGCCGUUGGAUAAAAUGCAUGCGGAGCAAUUACGGCGUCCGUCUGCUGGCGAGCCGUUACGGGAGGGUUUGGCGCAGAGAGCUCCGGAGCAUGUGUUGGCUUCGCCGUAUCGGCCGUUGGUGGAUAAGUUGGAGACUCCUGGGAGAGCGACGGGGGCUGGCAAAGGCAGGAAGUGA